AUGGCUCUCGAUCGUCUGAGGAAAUGGAGCGGUCAUGAACUGGUACAUGUGAAGAGAGCCUGGAUUGGGAGUGGUGACAGUCUAGCGAGCGCCGCUAUGCAACGGCAAGGCGGGAUCGAGGUCCAAGGAGGGCCCGAAUACCAGGAUCAGGCCUCCUUGAAUUGGUUGGACGAAAUACUGAUGCUCAAGACCAAGAACUCAGUGGUGCGAAUUGCAGCGGUCACCACCCGAGCAUCUCGAGUAAGAUCACCCGUGGGAGUCAUAGGACCUGAUCCGGGAGAUGCGGGUCGAUCGGAUCAGGCGGGCUCAGGAGGAGAAAGUAAGGAUCAUAGUCCGGCGGUACCCGAUACGUUGCUAUCUGACAUCUUGCACCACUAUCACACUACGCUGGAAGGAGGACAUCAGGGAAUACCUACCAGCGGAUCAGGGAUCACUUCCACUGGAGAGGAUUGUAUCGGAGUGUUCAGCGAUAUUUGGGGGAAUGCGUGGACUGCGAAACGGGAAACGGGAAAAGAAAAACCCGCGAUCCGGGGUGAAUCCCCAGGGAACUUGCAGGCGACACACCCGUUCCAGAUUAUUGCGAUGGAUCAUAUACCGUCGCUGCCCAGAUCGCACAAGGGGAACACUGAGUUAUUGAUCUGGGUCGAUCUGUUCACAGGAUACGUGAUCGCGAAAGCUAGCUCGUCCCUAUCGGUCCAAAUGGUCGCGGAGUCGUUCGAAGAGUGUGUAUUUCGACGAUUUGGUGCCAGCGAGAUGAACCGACAUGAUCGAGAACCCGGUUUCAUGUCUAUUUCUUUCUGUCGGUUAACAAGAUCCUGGAACAACGGUAGGGAGCGACGAUGGCAUAUCGACCACAAGCUAACGGGACAGCGGGAAGAACGAUACAGACGGCGACCAGGGCACUCAAGAUGUACGUUCCCGAGCUGGAUUGAAAGGAUUGGGAUGAGUAUGUUGAGCGGCUUACCUUCACAAUCAAUACGGCCCACGAUCGGAUCCUAG